GCGAGGACCUGGCGCGACCCACCCAGUCCCGCGCUCCGCUCUGCUCCCGCCCAGCCACCCGACCCGGACCCGGCGCCACCAUGCCCAAGUGCCCCAAGUGCAACAAAGAGGUGUACUUUGCUGAGCGGGUGACCUCCCUGGGGAAGGACUGGCAUCGCCCUUGCCUGAAGUGUGAGAAAUGUGGAAAGACGCUGACCUCGGGGUCUCACGCCGAGCAUGAAGGCAAGCCCUAUUGCAACCAUCCCUGCUACGCGGCCAUGUUCGGCCCCAAAGGCUUCGGGCGCGGUGGGGCAGAGAGCCACACUUUCAAGUAAACCCAGGUUUUGGAGACCCCAUCCCUGGCUGCCCGCCGGGCCGCUGCCCCUCUAGGCCGAUGGCAGGCCCUCCCCACAGGCACCUGGGGCUCCCCUGUAGACCCUCAAGCCCUCAAUAAACCCGGACACUUGGAAGAC